AUGUCGUCUGUUCUUUAUGGCCGGCUACAGUUUUUCUCCUUUACUUCCGCUCUUCACAUCUUCCUUCUCUUCCAAUAUUUCUUUUAUAUUCUUUAUUCUCGUCAUUUUUUUUUGUAUUUCGUACCUUCUUUUUUUUUUGUUCAUGUCUUCUUUUACAUCCUUUUUUUUCUUCUUCUUCUUCUUCUUCUUCUUCUUCUUCUUCUUCUUCUUCUUCUGUCUGUGAUUUCUUCUUUACCUCUUUUGCCCCCCCUCUCUCUCUUUGUAUAUUUUUUCUUCUGUCCUCCCUUCUUCUUCUCCUUCUUCUUCACGUUUCAUUUCUCUGAUAAUUUUGAAAACUUAUUUUUCCUCCAUCACUUUUUUCUUCUUUUCAAUAAAGAUCUUUCAGCCCCACUCCCAUCACCAAUCUCUGUAAAUGUGGAUGUAUUCCAGAAUUAUCGCACCCGCAAAUUUUUUCAGUCUUUCCUGUUGGCUUCCACAAACGAGUGGACAAACACUUUCUUUAAUCACAAUUCAAUGUUACAUUCUCUCGCCUACCAACAUUUCACUGUCCCUACACGCGCCGACCAUUCACUGACCGACCAUUUUCUUUCUCCUUCUUCAUCUUCUUCUUCGUUGUCCUUUUAUAUUUUCUUCUUUCUCGUGUUCUUCGUUUUUCUCUCUCCCCCUCUCUCUCACUUCUCUCUCAUCUCUCUCACUCUGUCUCUUCCGCGUCUCUUCUCUCUCUCUCACUCUCUCUUCCCUCACUCUUCUCUCUCACACUCUCUUUCACUUCUCUGUCUCUUCUCUCUUUUGCUUCUCUCUAUGGUCUCUUUCUCUCUCUCUCUCUUCUCUCUCGCUUCUCUCUCGCUUCUCUGUCUUUCUCGCUUCUCCCUCUCUUCUCUUUCACUCUGCCUCUUCUGUGUCUCUUCUCUCACUUCUCUCUCUCUCAACCUCUCUUCUUUCAAUCUUCUCUCUCUCUCUUACUUCUCUCUCACUCUGUCUUUUCUCUCUCCCACUUUCUCUCGUCUCUCUUUUUUCUUUCGCUUCUCUCUCUCUUACUUCUCUUUCACUUUGUCUUUUCUCUCUCACUUACUCUCACUUCUAACUCUCCUCUCUCUUUUUCUCUCACUUCUCUAUCUCUUCUCUCUCUUUCUCAUUCUUCGAUGUCUAACCUGUUUACUAUACCCGCGAUCCUUUAUCAUACACCAUACCCAGAUGUCACAGCGUGUAAUUGGCGCAUAUUUCUUUGCAACUCCAACGGUGACUGCAAAUGCUUACUUACAAAUGCUGCAAGAGUUUGCCAUUGAUAACAUGCCCCCUACAAAUCAGACGAGCGGAAUAUUUCCCUCAAAAUGGUGCACCGCUUCAUUUUGUCCGUACUGUUCGCGUUUGUCUCGAUCAAUAGGUCGUGGCGAACCGUUGGCAUGGCCACCACACUCCUCUGAUCUGACACUCUGUGACUUCUGGUAUGAUAAAGGAUCAUAG